AACCCUCACAUUCCAAUAUCCUUUAUCUUGACGAUGAAGUUGCUUUCUGCCCCCGCCCCGCGGCCCCCGGGCCCCAUGGAGGCUGUGUGCACCGCCCCGAGGAACAGGAGUCGUGCAGAAGCGGGUACCGAGUCACGCCGGGCGACGCCGGGCGCUGACCUUUUCUUAUCGCCCGCCGCGCCAACGCUGAUGAAGUCGCCGCCUCCGGCAGACCUUUCCCGGCGGCCGCGUGGCCGAGACGUCCGAGCCACCGCGGGGCCGCCGGCCUGACCUUUCGGGGCCGAUCUGCGCGGGCGGAGUGAGGGCCGCUGGGUGGCGGGGAGGCGGGACCCGACCCCCCGGCGUGGACGCCUCCGGCCCAAACUCCGCCUGGGACAGCGGAGGGAUGGGUCUCGAGGCGUGGUCGUGACGUCACAGCGCCCCGACCGCCCGCUGACGUCACAGAGGGCCGUGCUGGCGUCGCCGCAUUCCGCCCGUGACGUCAGCGCGAGAGGGCAGAAACCGGCCCACGCCGAGGGAGGGACAACUUUAAAGGAAGAGAUCGUUCCUCUGGUGAGUUAUUUUAAGUACGUAGGGCCGGACUCUAACCUCGUAGGCGGGUCUGUGUGAUACGCAUGCGUACUGCCACCACCGCCAUCCCGCCGGAGAGCGCGGCAAACCUAUGAGUGGAUUGACAUCCUGGUAAUCGAACCAGAAGGCAGAUUUGACAACCUCAAUCCAAUCGCAGGCUCACAGAUCCCGCCCCUUUCUUCGUAGCCGGCUGCUUCCUGAGGGGAGUGACGGGCUCCGCAGCCUUUAAGGGUUCAGUUUCCUUUGAUGGACCUUCGUCCCGAGGAAUCCAAGUGCCAGGAAGUCGAGAGGGUGUUGAAGGGCGUGGCUCUCAGCCAAUCGUCUGCGAGCCAGACCAAGCGCCGUCCUAUCACUCCUCCAGGCACCGCCAAUCAGUCAGUGCCCCACCCCAGGCGCGUGACGUAGGUAGGGUGGGUAGCAACAGUUGCCCCGGUGAGGGAAACGGAGGCGCCAUAGCCACGGUAGUCGUGGCGACCAAGCAACCCGGCAACGCGAGUCAACAACAACAACCGCCCGGCCGACCCCCACCCCCACCCCCACGGCCCGGCCUGGGGACCCUGGCACGUCCCGUCCCCUUCCUAACAUCGCCUCUGAGACCUUGGAAAAGCCCUUCCGCCGACACGAGUGGGGAGAAGCCGAGGAAGAGAAGAAGAAAACACGCCUUAUUUAUUCGCAUUUCCCCACCGUUGGCAUGGCGACACAAGCAUACGUUCCCGAGCUACCAGCAGCCCCGCAGCCCCCCCAGGCCCCGCCCCAGCCACCACCGCCCCCCGCGGCCGCCCCGCCGCCCCCCGCGGCCGCUGCCCCCCAGCCCUCGUAUGUCACGGAGCUUCACAGCCCCCAGCCCCAGGCGCAGCCCCCGGGAGCCCCAAAGCAGUAUGUGACGGAGCUGCCCGCCACACCCGCGCCCCCGCCACCCGCUGGCGCACCCGCCCCGUCCCCUGUGCCCCCGCAGUACAUCGUGGUCACCGUCUCCGAAGGUGCCAUGCGGGCCAGCGAGACUGUGUCGGAGGCCAGCCCAGGCUCCACGGCCAGCCAGACCGGCGUCCCCACCCAAGUGGUUCAGCAGGUGCAGGGCACCCAGCAGCGGCUGCUGGUCCAGGCGAGCGUGCAGGCCAAGCCGGGACAUGCAUCACCCCUCCAGCUCACCAACAUCCAGGUGCCCCAGCAGACUCUCCCCACGCAGCGUCUGGUGGUGCAAAGCACGGCGCCUGGCAGCAAGGGCAGCCAGGUUGCGCUGACUGUGCACAGUACCCAGCAGGUGCACUCGCCCCCUGAGAGGUCACCAGUGCAGGCCAACAGCUCCACCAGCAAGACAGCCGGGGCCCCCGCAGGCACUGUGCCACAGCAGCUACAGGUCCACAGCGUCCAGCAGACCGUCCCCAUCACCCAGGAGAGGUCCGUGGUGCAGGCCACCCCGCAGGCGCCCAAAGCCGGCCCCGUGCAGCAGCUGACCGUGCAGAGCCUCCAGCCCGUCCACGUGGCUCAAGAGGUCCAGCAGCUCCAGCAGGUGCCUGUCUCCCACGUCUACUCCAGCCAGGUGCAGUACGUGGAAGGUGGCGACGCCAGCUACACAGCCAGUGCCAUACGCUCCAGUACAUACCCCUACCCCGAGACGACGCCCCUGUACACGCAGACGGCGGGCACCGGCUACUACGAGGCCGCGGGCACGGCGGCCCAGGUCAGCACGCCCGCCACCUCGCAGGCGGUGGCUAGCAGCGGCUCGGUGCCCAUGUACGUGCCGGGCAGCCCGGCGGUGGCCAGCUCCACCAGCAGCGGGGGCGCGGCCAGCAGCAACGGCGGCGGCGGCAGCGGCAGCUCGGGCGGCGGGGGCGGCGGGGGCGGUGGCGGCGGCGGCGGGGCCGGCACCUACGUGAUCCAGGGCGGCUUCAUGCUGGGCAGUGCCAGCCAGUCCUACUCCCACACCACCCGUGCCUCGCCAGCCACGGUACAGUGGCUGCUGGACAACUACGAAACGGCCGAGGGCGUGAGCCUGCCGCGGAGCACCCUCUACUGCCAUUACCUGCUGCACUGCCAGGAGCAGAAGCUGGAGCCGGUCAACGCAGCCUCCUUCGGCAAGCUCAUCCGCUCCGUCUUCAUGGGCCUGCGCACGCGCCGCCUGGGCACCAGGGGAAACUCCAAGUACCACUACUACGGGCUGCGAAUCAAGGCCAGCUCACCCCUCCUGAGGCUGAUGGAGGACCAGCAGCACAUGGCCAUGCGAGGCCAGCCCUUCUCCCAGAAGCAGAGGCUGAAGCCUGUGCAGAAGAUGGAGGGAAUGACCAACGGCGUGGCGGUGGGGCCGCAGCAGAGCGCAGGGCUGUCGGACAUCAGCGCCCAGGUGCAGCAGUACCAGCAGUUCCUGGAUGCCUCCCGGAGUCUCCCAGACUUCACAGAGCUGGACCUUCAGGGCAAAGUGCUGCCCGAGGGCGUGGGGCCUGGCGACAUCAAGGCCUUCCAGGUCCUGUACCGGGAGCACUGUGAGGCCAUCGUGGACGUCAUGGUGAACCUGCAGUUCACGCUGGUAGAGACACUAUGGAAGACCUUUUGGAGGUACAACCUGAGCCAGCCCAGCGAGGCACCAUCGCUGGCCGUGCAGGACGAGGCCGAGAAGCGGUUGCCCAAGGCCAGCCUGGUGCUCCUGUCCAAGUUCGAGCCUGUGCUCCACUGGACCAAGCACUGUGACCACCUGCUAUACCAGGGCCUGGUGGACGUCCUCAUCCCCGACGUGCUGCGCCCCAUCCCCAGUGCCUUGACCCAAGCCAUCCGCAACUUUGCCAAGAGCCUGGAGAGCUGGCUCACACAUGCCAUGGUGAACAUCCCUGAGGAGAUGCUGCGGGUGAAGGUGGCAGCGGCCGGCGCCUUCGCGCAGACACUGCGGCGCUACACGUCGCUCAAUCACCUGGCGCAGGCGGCGCGCGCCGUGCUGCAGAACACGGCGCAGAUCAACCAGAUGCUGAGCGACCUCAACCGUGUGGAUUUCGCCAAUGUGCAGGAGCAGGCCUCAUGGGUGUGCCGCUGCGAGGACCGCGUGGUGCAGCGCCUGGAGCAGGACUUCAAGGUGACACUGCAGCAGCAGAACUCGCUGGAGCAGUGGGCAGCCUGGCUGGACGGCGUGGUGAGCCAGGUGCUCAAGCCCUACCAGGGCAGCUCUGGCUUCCCGAAGGCCGCCAAGCUCUUCCUCCUCAAGUGGUCCUUCUACAGCUCCAUGGUGAUACGGGACCUGACCCUGCGCAGCGCCGCCAGCUUCGGCUCAUUCCACCUCAUCCGGCUGCUGUACGACGAGUACAUGUACUACCUGAUCGAGCACCGUGUGGCCCAGGCCAAGGGCGAGACCCCGAUCGCGGUCAUGGGCGAGUUCGCCAACUUGGCCACGUCGCUGAACCCCCUGGACCCAGAUAAAGACGACGAGGAGGAGGAGGAGGAGGAGAGCGAGGAUGAGCUGCCCCAGGACAUCUCGCUGGCAGCGGGCGGAGAGUCGCCGGCGCUGGGUCCCGAGGCGCUGGAGCCGCCGGCCAAGCUGCCGCGGACAGACGCGCGUGGCCUCUUCGUGGAGCCGCUGCCCUCCAGCUAAGGCCUUGGCCCCGCCCCUGCCCUCUGCCCGCCCCCCGCCCCCCAUGCCACGGCCCCUCAGCUUCCUCCACUGCGCCGCCACCCCCCUGCCACCGCUAGGGCAGGGAGCCGGAUGACAGCGAAGGCAUGGCCCCACAUGCGGGGUGUACACAAUCACUGGCCGCAGAACCCCAACACAAAAAGAUGUGCCUUAAGGCCCCCACCCCCCCCUCCCCGGGGCAGCAGGCACGCCCCCACCCCGUGGAACUGAUAACUUAUUCUGCUUGCUGGCUUUGCACGGCCUGCCCUGGCCCACCAUGCCCCGGGCAGGCGCAGGUGGGCGGGGGGGACCGCACCGCGGGACCCCCAGUCAGCAGCACCCCCGUCGCUUCCCCCUUCCUGGUCUAAGUGCAAUUAAAGCUGAGGGUGUCGCAUCUUGGCCGUGGCUGGGCCCCCGCCGCUGAGGACGGGGAGGGACAGGGCCUCCAGCUUCCAAAGAAAGCAGCAGCCGGGCUGGGGGUGCAGCCGGCGCCCGCCCUUCCGUGCCAUGCCGUGGACCCCUGAUUUUCUUAGUGGACUCGUGCCGCCUGUAAGCGGAGUCGGUAACUUGGUUUCCCUUCCCCCCUACCAUCAUGGCCUUAUCUGUUCUGGUUUUCUCAGUGUUUUCAACCUGUGAGAUAGAUGUUUAUGGCAAAAGAAACAAAAAAAAUCACACAAAAAAACCCUGACCUAUUGUAUAAAAUCACUAUUUUGUGUGCUGGCGUGCUGAGCUUGGCGGCCCGCGCCGCGCGUGUGCUAGUCUAGUGUGCAGGGCGGUUUUCUACCUUUUGUAGUCUUUCUUAAACAAUAAACUGCGCUGUCUA